AUGGAGAAGUACGAGAAAAUCAAAGUGGUGGGGAGAGGAGCAUUUGGAAUUGUACACCUUUGUCGUCGCCGGAGCGACGGAGCUCUUGUGAUUUUGAAGGAGAUUCCAGUGGAGCAGAUGACGCGGGAUGAGCGUCUAGCGGCACAGAAUGAAUGUCAAGUGCUCAAAUUACUCAACCACCCCAAUAUAAUUGAGUACUAUGAGAACUUCUUAGAGGACAAAGCCCUCAUGAUAGCUAUGGAAUACGCACCAGGUGGGACGCUGGCUGACUACAUACAGAAGCGCUGCAACUCUCUGCUAGAUGAAGACACCAUAUUACACUUCUUUGUGCAGAUCUUGUUGGCCCUUUACCAUGUGCACAACAAACUUAUCCUUCAUCGAGAUUUGAAGACCCAGAAUAUUCUGCUUGACAAACACCAAAUGAUAGUCAAAAUAGGGGAUUUUGGUAUAUCAAAAAUCCUCGUUAGCAAGAGCAAAGCAUACACUGUUGUAGGAACACCAUGCUACAUUUCCCCUGAAUUGUGCGAAGGCAAACCGUACAACCAGAAAAGUGACAUUUGGGCUUUGGGAUGUGUUUUGUAUGAGCUUGCCAGCCUCAAAAGAGCUUUUGAGGCAGCAAACCUACCCGCUUUAGUCCUAAAGAUUAUGAGUGGAACCUUUGCCCCAAUCUCAGAUCGAUAUAGCCCAGAGCUGAGACAGCUUAUCCUCAAUAUGCUUAACCUGGACCCCUCUAAACGCCCCCAACUCAACGAAAUCAUGGCUCACCCCAUCUGCAUCCGACCUCUACUCAACCUCUACACUGAUAUUGGCAAUGUCAAAAUGCGCAGAAUUGAAAAGCCGUUAUCCACCGUGCCUGCAGGGACACACGGGAGACCGGGAGGACGGGUGGCCAGCACCCGAACAAGAGGUGGACUGUCUGGUUCGGGGACAGGGAAGAUGAUGCAUGCUCUUCCCUUAUCCUCUGUCUAUACAUGGGGCAGUGGGAUCUCCACACCCCUCCGUCUCCCCAUGCUCAACACAGAGGUGGUCCAAGUGUCCCUCGGUCGGACACAGAAGAUGGGCGUUACCAAAUCUGGACGUCUGAUCACCUGGGAGGCUCCUUCAGUAGGAUCUGGAGAAGCCACACUACCCGGCGCUGUGGAACAAAUGCAGCCUCAGUUUAUCUCUCGUUUCUUAGAGGGUCAAUCUGGUGUCACCAUCAAGUCUGUCUCGUGUGGAGAUCUCUUCACAACUUGUAUGACAGACAGGGGCAUAAUUAUGACAUUUGGAAGUGGAAGUAAUGGUUGUCUUGGACAUGGCAAUUUCAACGAUGUGACUCAGCCCAAGAUUGUGGAGGCUUUACUGGGGUAUGAGCUGGUUCAGGUGUCUUGUGGAGCUUCCCAUGUGUUGGCUGUGACCAAUGAACGAGAAGUCUUUGCCUGGGGAAGAGGAGACAAUGGUCGUCUGGGGUUAGGCACCCAAGAUACCCACAACAGCCCCCAGCAGGUGUGUGUGCCAGCUGACUUUGAGGCUCAGAGAGUGCUGUGUGGAGUGGAUUGCUCCAUGAUCAUGAGUACUCAACACCUGAUACUGGCAUGUGGCAGCAACAGGUUCAACAAGCUAGGAUUGGACAAGAUCAUUGAUUCAGAGGAGCCUACGCCUCACUGUCAAGUAGAAGAGGUCCACACAUUCCAUCCUGUCCAGUCAGCUCCUUUGAAUGUAGAGAAGAUAGUUUAUAUUGACAUUGGGACCGCCCACUCUACUGCUGUCACAGAGAAAGGGCAGUGUUACACCUUUGGCAGUAAUCAGCAUGGGCAGCUUGGUUGUAGCUCUCGUAGAAACAGCCGCGUGCCAUAUCUUGUACCUGGCCUGCAGGGCAUCACCAUGGCAGCGUGUGGAGAUGCUUUCACUCUUGCUAUUGGAGCAGAGGGGGAGGUGUAUACGUGGGGAAAGGGGGCUCGCGGCCGCCUGGGAAGGAAAGAGGAAGAUUCUGGAAUACCUAAAGCAGUGCAGCUUGAUGAGAGCCAUGCAUUUUCUGUCACUUCGGUGGCUUGUUGUCACGGAAACACACUGCUGGCUGUGAAACCUUUUUUUGAGGAGCCCGUCCCAAAAUGA